CACGUUUCACUAAUUACGUCAUAGGUUUCAGUCUGACAGGUUGCCGUUGCACUAAUGACUCACCCGCAGGUAGGGAGGGAUCACUUUGUAGUUGACGCAUAACCCCUCGUUUAAUGUCAUCUUUUGUGAGUCGCGUGUAAAGGAGCAACCAAGCUGCGAGUUGUGUGUUAUUCCCGCUGUUUAACUUGCUGAGUUGGCUCCUCUUCCUGGUCAGCCAUUUUGAUUUAUUUCUGAGCGACAAGCAGCCGGCCCGUGUGUAUGCUAGCCACCGCUCCCAUUUCCACACAGCGAACCAUAUCUGCCGAACUAAAGGAGCCCCUUACGAGACCGGAACACACUUCACAACAAGUCCACAAUGAAUCCCGAAUAUGACUAUUUAUUCAAACUUCUCCUGAUUGGUGACUCUGGUGUUGGAAAAUCUUGCCUUCUUCUCCGGUUUGCAGAUGACACAUACACAGAAAGCUACAUCAGCACAAUUGGUGUGGACUUCAAAAUACGAACCAUAGAACUAGACGGAAAGACCAUUAAACUUCAGAUUUGGGAUACCGCAGGUCAAGAAAGGUUUCGCACCAUUACGUCCAGCUACUACAGAGGUGCUCAUGGUAUCAUUGUAGUGUAUGAUGUCACAGACCAGGAGUCCUUCAACAACGUCAAACAGUGGCUGCAGGAGAUUGACCGUUAUGCCAGCGAAAAUGUUAACAAGCUGUUGGUCGGCAACAAGUGUGACCUGACGACAAAGAAGGUGGUGGAUUACACAACAGCGAAGGAGUUUGCGGACUCUCUGGGUAUUCCAUUCUUGGAAACCAGCGCCAAGAACGCCACCAAUGUGGAGCAGGCCUUCAUGACCAUGGCUGCAGAAAUUAAGAAGAGGAUGGGCCCCGGGGCUGCCGCCGGCGGAGGCGAGAAGCCCAACGUGAAGCUAACCCCUGGCACAACCGUCAAGCCUUCGCCGGGAGGCUGCUGCUGAGGGCAAACGUACUCCUGCUGUCCUGCCCCCUGCUGGACAGGCCUGUACCUGCCAUCUUCCUGAAAACUCUACCACAAUCAGACAGGGUAGGGAUGACAUGAAUCACACGUGUACGUGAGAACAAGAUGACGUAUUUGUACAACAAUGUAGCACACUACCAAAAUAAAGCUUCCUUGUCGUCAUCCUGUCCUGCUAUUGAUAACACGUACAACAAAACAGUCAUCAUUUCACCUGACAUGGUCCUGUCAAUCACCUUCAUCUCAAUCUUUGCUUUUAUUCGCCUUCUCAUGAGACUCAUGAUGUGUUUCACUGCAUUCCUUUUUGGCUUUUGGUAACGGAAUCUGUUUCAUGAAGGCUUUUUUUGUCUGUAUAGCCCUUUUUUUUCUUUUUUUUUUUUCUUUUUUCUUUUUGUUUACAUCUGCAUGCUCUGGUCUGUCCCCAGCUUAUUUCUCAUUUGAUUCGACAACCUCAGCACAGCAGUGUCGCACCUCAAGUGUAGUGCUGUAUGUACAUACUAUACGUGUGUGAAUACAGUGGAAGCCGUUUAUGUCGACACUCCUCGGACUGGCAGGCUCAUGUCGACAUAACCGAAACCGAACUAGCCAUUGCUUGCACACUUACUUGUGACUUUGUCCACAGACGUAAGGAGAGUGGCUGAUGGUAAAGGAUUUUCAUUUGUUGACGUGUUUUUCCUCCAUUUGUGCAUAUUUUUAUUUAGUUUCUUUCUUUCCAUAUAUUAUGUUUAUCUAACAGAGCUUCAGCGGUAAUUUGGUUGUAUGUCUUGACUACAAUGCCAAUAAAAUUUUUCGACAUGCGUAAAAUAUCUUUUUUGUCGUCCACUCUGGGGGAAAAAAAACAAAA